AUGACCGAUACACUCGAAGAACAAAACAAUAAACAUUCAACAAAAGCAACCACAAUGGUUCAAGUUGAACAUCAGAAUGAAUCCAGAUCUGCACAUCGGAUAAACAGAUCUGACUCUCCUCUCGAAUCUAAUGACACCAAUGAUAAGAAAAUUACUAAGACUAAACUUGUCCAUCCUCAUAACCAUAAUUCUAAUCUCAUUUCUACAUCUUCUCCAGGUGGUUUAAUGGCUGCUACUAUGGUUACACCUGAAAGAAUUUCUUCAUUAUUAAUAAGAAAGGGUCCUCUAGCAAUAAGAUACAUUACUAAUGAAUUAAAUGAAGAUAUACCAUGUUUUAAAAAUUUAUCAUCUUCAAAAAAGAGAAGAUUGAUAAUGAACGUAAUGGAAAAAGGUGAUAAGAAAAAUUGUAUCAUUUUUGAAAAAAUUGGUUGGGGUCAAUGGUCUGCUAAAAGAAUUGAUUCCAUAGAUCAUUUUGAAACUGAAAGAGAUUUGACUAAUUUAAAUAAUUUGAAAAUUAAAGAUCUUAUCUCGUCGCAUAACCAUACUACUCAAUCACAACAGCAGAAACAAAUUAAUAAGAAAAAGAGAAGAAGAAAUACUACUACCACAGCAGAUUCAACAACAGAUUCUUUGGUAAAUACAAACAUUAAAGAAAGAAAAUUAAGCUUACCUGAAGUACUAAAAUAUCCAAAUAUAAUUACUAGUACAAACGAAAAUGUAUUAGUCUCUGAUUCUGAUGAAAUUGACUCUGAUAAUGAAGAAGAAGAACCAUUCCAUUAUAAUAAUAAACCUUCAUCUAUUCCUUCUAGUCCUAAAAGAAUAUCAAUAAGUUGUGACAUUAAAAAGAAAACUACAACAGAUAAUACUCAAUUAUUCCUUAAAAAUUUGAAAGCACAACAGAAAAUAAAAUGUGCAAGAAGUAGAAAAAACUCAUCAUUUUCUAUAACAAAUUCUUAUUCAAAAAAUCGCUCCAAUUCCAUAUCAAGUUAUUAUUUACCAGAAUUAAAAUCAUUAUCAUCCGCAUUAUAUCAUAAUAUUAAUAAUACAUCUAAUUGUGGAAGUAUAAGUGAACCAAAUUCAAGAAGAUCUUCCUUAUUUUCAAAUCAUAAUACAAGUAAUAAUAAUGAAUCUUCUAUAAGAUCAACUUUAUCACCUCCACAAUAUAAAUUGAUUUCCACUCCACCUAUAUUAAAUGAAAAAAUAUUUAACAUAACAUAUAAUUAUAACCAAAAUCAUUCAGAAACAGAUGAAGAAGAUUGGGCCUCACUAGGGGCACAAUCAUUAAGAGAAAAGAAAAAUCACAAUACUACUACUACUAUUACUAAUAAUAAUAAUAAUACGAAUAAUAUAAUCCCUAUAAUGAAAUUGAAUGAUUCUUAUAUCAUUAAUGAUAACAAUAUAAUUACAUUACUUCCUCCUGAAGCAAUAACGUAUGGCGUAUCUUCUGUGGAUGAUAAAAACGUUGCUUCUUUAUUAAUGAAUUUAAAGUGA